AUGUGGUACUUGGCGUAUUUCAUGCAUCGCCACCUCGACUUCCGCCUCGACGAGCUGCAGUCCCUCGCCGUCCUCGCUGGCGUGCAGCCGCCAGCUCAGCACGCCGCGCCACGUCACGAUGACGUGGAAUUGCGGCCGCCUGCCAGCUCGGAUUCAUCGGAGGGAGAACGAGGCGGAGAGAAGGGAAACGAAGGGGAGAGGGUGGUUGAGGAAGUGAGGGGAGACGAAGGCAGCGAGGAGACGAGGAGGGGAGAAGAGGGGAGUGCAGUUACUGCAGUCGAAAGGGGAGAGGAUGAGGAUGAAAUAUCAGGAGGAGGGGAGAGCGAGUGGGAGCCAGUAAGAUGGAGGAAGCCACGUGGCGAUCACAUGGACUCGCCGUUCUUCUACGUGGAUCUGCCGUCUGAUGACGUGGCGAGGCAAAUGGCCUCUAGAAGCCUGCUUAUAAAGGGGAUAUUCGACAUAUGGGCGGAGGCGCCAACCUACGAGGCCCUAAAGCCGCAGGUGCAGGCGAACCUGGCUUCCAAGGUGACGCCCUUCACAGCCCCCGGCUACACGUUCAAGAUCGUUGUUGAUGGCUUUGGCAAGCUCUUUUCGAUGGAGGAGCAGCGGGAUCGCAUAGAGCGAUUCACGUACAUCCCCUUCCAGGCAGGGCUGAAUGAAGCUGAGCGCGCCAAACCGCAUGGUUUGGGGGAAGGCAUGAUAGAGCUGGCAGCUGCAGACAGCACCAGCAACCCCCCUUCCUUCUCUUCCCCCCACCCCCCCCCCCCCCCCCCCCUUUGCCUGCCUGCCUGCCCUCGCUACCCUCGGUUGCUUCUGCCACAUCCCCCUUUUCGUGGCAAGGUGAAGCUGAGCUCGCCCGAGUACAAGUUCUGGGUGAUAGAGCAGGCCGCAGAAUGCACCAACAACGGCCUCCCCCCCAACAUGCCCUUGCGUGUGUUCAUUGGCCGAGAGGUAGCGGUAUCAGACCGGACCGUUGCCACGAAGUACGAGCUCAGUCGCCGCCGCUACCUGGGUCCCACCGCCAUGGAUGCUGAGCUGUCGCUGCUCAUGGCCAAUCAGGCGCUGGCGCGGCGGGGGGCUCUCAUGUACGACCCGUUCGUGGGGACAGGGAGUAUCCUGGUGGCUGCUGCUCACUUCGGCGCCAUCACUCUGGGAGCGGACAUAGACAUCAGGGUGGUGAGGGAUGGCAAGGGCCCCAAUCGGGACGUGUGGGCCAACUUCCACCAGUACUCGCUUCAACCACCAGUGGGGUUACUGCGGGCGGACAACAACUGCCCUCCCUGGAGGCAAGACCUAAGAGAGAUGUUCCAUGCCAUCAUUUGUGAUCCUCCGUAUGGUGUCCGGGCAGGCGGCCGAAAGUCGGGCGGGAGGAAAAUUCUCAACGGGGUGACCGACCCGUACUCCAUAGCAGACAACCUGAAAGCUGCCCACAUCCCCUCCACCGCCCCUUACUCACUCGAAGAGUGCCUACACGAUCUUUUAGACACGGCUGCCCGGCUGCUCGUCAUUGGCGGGCGGCUCGUUUACUUUUACCCUGCUGCCCGAGAGGAGUAUGUGCCUGAGGAAAUUCCAGGGCAUCCGUGCCUGAAGCUGGUGGCCAAUAGCGAGCAGAUUCUGACAAAGCGGUGGAGUAGGCGGCUUGUGACUAUGGUGAAGGUUGCUCUGUACAGCGAUGACAUGGCAGCUGCACACGUGGCAGCGCAUGAGUGGUUCAGAAAGAAGCAGAUUGAGGAGAGUAAGAUGAUGAGGGAGAUGGGGGAGGCAGGGGAGAUGAGGUGGCAGGGAUUCACCAGCAGGCCUCGGUGCGAGGCAUGA